CCUGAAUAUACCCAGGGGUUUUAUUGCCAACGUCGCGUGAAAUUUUCUGUUAUCAGCUAGCUCGAUCUACACAUCCAUCACUCAUUAUGGCGGCGCCCGGUGGGCCAUCUCCCCAGCAGAUCGCAGCCAUGCAGCAGCAGUUCGCUGCUGAAGCUGCCAGACGCGGAAUGACUCCGGAACAGUUUGCCCAGCAGCAGCGUGAACAACUCGCCGCAGAGGCCGCUAAGCACAACAUGAGCACCGAACAAUAUGUCGCGCAGCUCCGCGCGCGCGCCAUCGCCGCACACCAGCAACAGAUCGCUCAGGCUCAGGCUCAAGCCCGGGCCCAGGCCCAAGCACAAGCUCAGGGAGCUCAACCGCCCAGCCAGCCCGGUCAGCCCGGUCAGCCCGGUCAGCCCGGUCAGCCCGGCCAGAACCUGCCAACACCUCAACAACCCCAGCCCCAGCAGACGACUCGUCAAGUUCCCGUCAACCCGUCCAAUCCUCCCGAUCCAAAGGCGAUCGCGGUGGCGCAGUUCCUGCAGUCGCAGAACCUCAAGACGCGGACUUGUAUCAUGGACGGUCAACGGAAGGAGAUGUUCAAAGUGAAACGCGCGAUCCGCGCCCUUGAAUCCCCCGCCUAUGCUAAAGCCGCCGCCAAGAAGAACUCCCUCCUCCCGCCAGUGACCGACCGUGCUUCCGCCGAGAACGUCUUUAAGCUUCUGCCCCUGUCCCUUCUGGCUCUCCGAGUCUCCAAGGUCGAUCCUCACGCGGGACAUAACCACGCCAAACCCAAGAACCGUGUCAAGGGACUGUGGACGGUCAAGAUCGAGCAGCACCAGGAGACCAACCCGAUGAUGCACUAUGUUUGGCUGUACGAGGGACCUCAAUUGAAGCAGAAGUUGAUGGCGGGUGCCGUUGUGGCGGGUAUCUUCGCUGUCGUGUUGUUCCCUCUAUGGCCCAUGAUGCUGCGACAGGGAGUCUGGUACUUGAGUGUCGGCAUGAUGGGUUUGCUGGGAUUGUUCUUCGCUAUGUCGAUUUUCCGUCUCAUCUUGUUCUGCAUUACUGUCUUCGCGGUGCCGCCUGGUCUCUGGCUCUUCCCGAACUUGUUUGAAGAUGUUGGGUUCGUAGACAGUUUCAAGCCCUUGUGGGGCUGGCAAGAGAAUAAGAAGAAGAAGUCGAAGUCGAAGAAGGCUGUGGCUGGUGAGGCCACGGAACCUGCUACCGAGACCGCCACCGACGCAGCUCCGGCAGCAUCCACGACAGCAACUGAAGCACCCGAUACUUCCAGCACUGUCAAGCGCGAUUUGGCGCCUCGAGUGGAGGAGGUUGGCGACGAGUAAAGGGGCUGCUGGGUUGGUUGCGGAUUUGCCUUGUACUGUCUGGCACUGUUUCAAUGGCACGGUUGGGUUAGGUAUCAUAUCUCUUCGGUUUUCGCGUUUCGAUGCUUCCGGGUUUACUUAUAUGUGGGCAUAAAACGAACUUGGACUUGGGCUUGCAAUUGAAAAUUAUCAUUACUUUGCUUUCAUGAACUGCUCCGGAGUUUAGAGUUUAAUUUAUGUAUUCUUCAUGAAUUUGUUCCUUUCCUGUUGCGUUGCAGCAAAACCAACAACAGAC